UAUUGGUUCUUGUUUACUAUUUAUAUAAACAACCAGAUGGACGUGCGCGGUGCGUUCCCGAAGCUCUGUGGAUUCUUCACUAAAAGGUCCUGGUGCAGAGCUCCGACCCCAGAUGUUAACCAUCACUCUCCCUCCACUGCUGCUGCUUGACCCGCUGAGUUCCCUCGGUGGCGGGGCAUGUUGCGAUGAGGACGGCGUGCUCCCUCACACGGACUCCCCCAGUGCGGAGCCGUUCCCCUCCCCGUCACUGGAGCUGCUCCGCCCGCCAGGAACUGUCGUGAAGAAACACGCUUUACGGCCGGCCCAACCAGUCGCGCGUCGAUAACGUCAACGCGUCGGGCGUCGUCCCUCCCGAUAAAAUAAAUCAGCGGAUUAAUUAACCGGGUUAAUACCGAGCGACCGGAUGGUUCUCCGGGAGCCGAGCAGCAGGCGGGCCCGCGGGCCGUUUCCGCCGGCCGGCUCCGUCAGCUGAAAGGCGGCGGAGCGGGAAAGGAAGGCUGAGGGAGGAGGAAGAUGAAUGCACUGUGAUAGAGCUACUGCCUGUGGGGUGGAACCUAAGAGAUAGGUUUGAAGCUAGAUCGACCUGCAGUGGCAUUGACAUCUUCUGAAAAACAAUCCACUUUUCACCACUGACCAUGGCUAGCAAAAGGAAGUCUAAAAUUCCUUGCAUGGUCCCUGCAAAUGAAACUCUGGACCAGAACCAGGAUCUGGAUAUGAUUACAGAUGUUGAUGAUGAUCUUCCUCCAGAUAUUUCUGAUGAGAGUUUGACAGCAGAUGGUGCUGUAGUUGAUGAUGAGAAUAUUUCAGAAAAGGAAGUACAAGAUAACCAAAUCAGGAAACUAGAAGGAGGCUAUGAAUGUAAAUAUUGUACUUUUGAAACACAGGAUUUAAAUAAAUUUACAGUACAUGUUGACUCAAAGCAUCCAAAUGUUAUUCUCAAUCCAUCCUACUUCUGUGUGGAAUGUAAUUUUAUGACCAAAAGGUAUGAUACUCUUAAUGACCACAAUGCCAGAUAUCAUUCAGGUGAAAUAAAUUUUAAACUUAAAAUGGUGAAACACAAUAAUCAAACUGUCUUUGAACAGACUGUUGAAGAAUGCAACAGUAAUGGGGUUCCUACAAAUGAAGAUCAGGCAGAAAACACUGACACCACUUCAACAGGAAUAUCAAUAAGUAAAACGCCAAUCAUGAAGAUGAUAAAAAAUAAAACUGAGACCAAAAGAAUCUCUCUGUCUCCAAGUUUGGUGGAUGAAUUCGCUGCUAGACAAGAAAGCAAUGAUGAGUCAGUGGGAGCAAGCUCAGCGUUGGGAUCUACUAGUACCAGCGGAAUCUGCAUUAACCAGGAAACAAAUGGUGUAAUAAUUGAUUCAGCAGGUAUGAGUCAAUUAAUACAGCCUCCAAAUUCUAAUUUAAUUCCAAAAGUUGUGAUUCCUUUAAACAGCAUUCCAACUUAUAACACUAAUAUGGAUGUAAAUACUCAUCUAGUGAACUCAUUCAACAAAUUUCCCUAUCCUACACAGUCAGAAGUUGUAACACUAAAAACUCAGACAAAAUAUACAGAGGAACAGAUUAAAAUCUGGUUCACUGCUCAACGGCUCAAGCAUGGUAUCAGCUGGACCCCAGAGGAGGUGGAAGAUGCCAAAAAGAAACUGUAUAAUGGAACUGUGCAUACUAUACCACAAACAAUUACAGUCAUACCAGCACAGAUUUCAACAUCUGCUAAUGGAUUGCAGCAAAUCCUCCAGCCUUGUCAGAUAGUUGGUCAGCCGGGCAUUGUCUUGGCACAGGUUACCAGUACAAAUGUGGUUGCAAGGAAUUCUCCUGUCACCGUCACUGUUGCUGGAGUUACAAAUCAAAUGCAGUGGCCAAAACGCAGAACACAGGAGAGUGAGGCAGGUCCUGAGGCAAAACGGCCGAACAACUCUCAGCUUCCUCAACUUGCUUCACAAGGAGGUUCCCUUAAUUCUGCCUCGGGCACAGAUCCAUACAGCGUCCGCCUCAAAAAGACAAAAGAGCAACUGACAGAACUAAAAGCCAGCUUCAAUAGAAGUGCAUUUCCCAGCGACGCCGAGAUUGCUAGAAUUAUACAGGUAACAGGCCUCUCAAGAGGUGACAUUAAGAAGUGGUUCAGUGACACAAGGUAUAACCACAGGAAUUCAAAAUGUAAUCAAAAUGUCAACAUUGCUGAGGUCAGCAGCACUAUAAUUUUGGAUUCGGGUGAUGACACAACUUCUGAAUCCCUUGCAAUAAAUCAGCAGCGCAAACAUGGGUGGAAUGCUUUCCCGGAUUUUACUCCUCAGAAGUUCAAAGAGAAAAGUGCAGAGCAGCUUCAGCUCCUCGAAGAAAGUUUUCUUUUUAAUCCAUUUCCCACCGAUGAUGAGAUUAACAAGCUAAGGACUGACACAAAACUCACCAGGAGGGAGAUUGAUGUCUGGUUUUGUGAGCGGAGGAAAGUUAAAAAUUCAGAAGAUAAAACCGAUGAGGGUGGAAAAGUGACUGAUGGGGAAGUUGAUAUCAAACACAAGGACUCUGAAGGAGGGCGCACCAAAUCACAUUAUGGGCAAAUUCAUACUACAUCUUUGGCCAGUGGCUUAGCAAUACCAAGAGUAAUGGCAGCUGCAGCUAGUAGACUGUAUAAGAAAACUCCAGAGCAGCUACAUCUGCUUAAAAGUGCAUUUGUCCGCACACAAUGGCCAUCCCCAGAAGAAUAUGACCAAUUAGCUGCAGACAGCGGACUGGCCAGAACUGAUAUAGUAAGUUGGUUUGGAGAUACCAGGUAUGCUUGGAAAAAUGGCAACUUGAAAUGGUACUAUUAUUAUCAAAGUGGUAACAUGGACAGCCAAAAUGGGCAAACCCAGGUUUCCUCCAGAAAGACUAAAGGUAGAGGUAGAUCGAGAGGUAGACCACGAGGAAGAGGAAGGCCCAGAGGAAAUGGAAGGUCUCACAACUGGAGUGGAACAACAUCAAACAAAGCAUCUUCGGGACUUGCUUCUUCAGGGAGAAAUGUUCUUGAACAAUACUACUUGAAACACAAAUAUUUAAAUGAAGAGGACCUUGAUGAUCUUGUGGCAAGAUCAUGUAUGAGUUAUGAAACCAUCAGGGAAUGGUUUGUACAAAGGCAAACGGAAGGUGUUGUUUCAGAGAGCAAUAACUCAGAUGGACAGUACCCUGGUGAAGAUGAGAAAAAUGAGCCACUUGAAGAGGAUGACGAUUGGGCUGGUGAAGAGAAUGAAGAUGAUGCUUCUGAUGCAAGUGGCAGCAGUGAUGUAUGGAAGCCUCCUUCACAAAAAGGAAAUGAAGUAAUUGAACCAGAUGAUGAAUUCUAGGUCGAGAAUUCUAACCUAAAAAUGAACAGCAAAUAUGUGGAAGUCUUCAGUGGACAAUUGGGAUAAAGAACCAAUUCAGAGAAUCAUCAGUUGUGGUUAUCCUCUUUGAGCUGCAAGAUUAUUUUCAUAAAGAAGUAUCCAUAUACCACACAUUUUAUUUCUCAGUAAAAUAUAGGCUUUUUUUAAUCAUUUCCACAUUGCCAAAGUUUUAAUACUGCAGCUAAAAGGACUUUUGUACAUAGCUAUUGUUAUGGGUCAGAUUUGUACAGUUUGGGAUUUUACUACAUUUUUACUGAGGUUUAAUUUUGGAGAUAUCUUUGAGCACAAUUUUUCUUUAGAUUUGGCUACCACAUUUUUCUCAUGCAGGCUUUUAACAUUAUCUGCAUAGUUUGCCUCUGUGAUAUAGUAAUCUGCCUUACUCUGGUACUGGCAGUGAGAGUCAACCUUGAGCAAUCAAAUUACAUUUCAGCAUUAGUUUAAAGUACUGAUAAUUGCUCAUCAGUAAAGAAAUGUAAACUUAUAUUUGUGACUUAGUUAUGCAUGGUGCUUUUUGUAUAUGCAUUGGAAAAAUCACCUGGUCAAUUUUAUGCUUUAAUCUUUAGUAGCUACUUGAAAUGACACUUAUUGUAGGUGUAGAUAAAGCCAGCAAAAUUGUUUUCCCUAAUUCCUUUCUUCAGAAGCCAUAUUCCAAUCGCUAGUAUUUUUCGGUAUCUUCUGCAAGUCAUUUUGUAUGCUGAAAUUAGGAAAAUGCUGCUUCUAUAUAUACAGUACUACAUUUAUAUAAUAUAUAUAGUAUUUAAAUAUUAUAAGCAUUAAGGGGGUUGCAAGCUGUGGUUUGAAAAAAAAAUCAGUGUCCAGUUCUAAUUUUUCACGCUAUUUAUUGUAUUUUUGAGUAUGUGUACUGUGAGAAUAAACAUUCAAGUUGAUUAGUAUGCUUUUUUUGUAGUUAGCAAUUCACCAUCAUAGUUAUUUGCAGUUAGUUUGUUUCACUUGUUUAAGAACCAUUUGUGCUCAUUCAUUUCAGUACUUAUUGUUUAGAUUAUUUUCUGAAAGUUUUAAAACAAAAUUAUAAAGCACUAAUGGUGAAGUAAACCAGUCAAUAUGUACUUAGUUUUAGAUAUUUUCUAUUUCUAUAGAAAAUGUUGAUCUCUAUACAAAUUUUAAUCAUGGUUACAGUAAUGGCUGGUGAAUGCGCAAUUUUAUUAUGCAAAAGGUAUUUUGCACGGUUAUUAUACAAGUACUGUAUAUUAGAUUCUUCAAAGUUUGAUCAUUAUUAGAUUACAACUUUGGCUGUCUAACCUCUACUGGCACACUCAAGUCAUUGCAGUAUUUGGACCUGCACUAGUAAUUCCCAAAAGUAGUUUAACUUUUUUUUUCCAUAACAGUUUUAAUACUUAUCAAGGAUCAUGGUGAAAUAUGAUGUCUAAAUUUGCCAUAAUAUGGACAUUAGUCUUAGUCAAAUUUUCAGGUUUAUAGAAACAAUGUAUUAGUAUUUAAAUUUGGCAAAGGCUUAUUGUUGCACAUUACUACACAGUUUGUUGUUUAUCCAUACACCUUUGGGAAAUACUAGCUUGUUAGACCUGAUGCUUAUUCUGGCUUGCUGGUGCUGCAGGUUUUAGUUUGCACAGAGAGCUGGUCAUCUUAAAGAUAUGUUUUUAAAGAUAUUGAUGAUGAUGAUCACUGUAGUAAUGAAUGAUUUGAAAGAUGAGCAGACCAUGCAGUUUUUUAAAAAUGGAACUCAAUAGUACUACUUAUCUCCUGUCAGCUUUUUAGCCCCAUCCCAAGAAGACUUGUGUAGGAAAUAAAAAUGAGAAGUUUUUAAAUGUCAGAGCUACAUUUUUAUUCAAAAUUUUAGAAGCCUUAAUACAUCACAUGUUGAUUUUUUUUUCCCAGGAUACUUUAGUAUCUAAGACAUUUAAGAGACUCUUCAAUAGCCACAUGAAUGUUAGAAAAAUGGAGGACUAUGUAGGAGGGAAAGGUUAGAUAGAUCUUAGAGCAGGAUAAAAUGUCAGCACGACAUCGUGGGCCAAAGGGCCUGUACUGUGCUGUAAUGUUCUAUGUUCUAAUGCCAUCUUUUUGAUAAGUAACCCAGUGGUUUGGGUCUGGGUAGCUAUGGCAUUACUUACAGACCUUGUAGAACUCUUAUUGCCUUUGACAAGUAAUCCUCGCCCGACCCACCGCCGCCCCCUCCCCCCCCAAUUCAAAGUCCCCAAUAAAUCAAAUCUUAAAAGUACACUCACAUUUGCCCUUCUUUUGGGUUUGCACUGUAAUCUUGUUUGUCCAGCCAUUGCCUCUGUACGUUCUGUAACACUUGUGUAAAAGAUGCUCAAAGAGAAUUUUAAUGUUUUUAAGAAUAUCUGUGAUUAUCCAAUGUAAUCAGCCAGCACAUUUGCCAUUCUGAGUGGUUUCCAGGUAACAGCACGUUAUAAGGGUUCAUGGAGAUUUUGUAUAGGCUUAUUAUUUUUUUGAAAUAUUUUAUCUGCUAUAUUGCCACAGAUUUUUUAAACUGUUUAGCUCUCUACUGCAGUUCUGUCUUGAAGGUUGUGUUUGUAGAUCUGAUGUCAUUUUCCAUUGACUACAAAACAAUGUUUGUAAUAUGUGAAUAUAACAUGUUUCAAAAUAAACCUCUGUUC